CUGCGAGUGUGAUUGUGGAUGCGGAUAUCUGCCAGGCCACCAGACUGUUACUGUCAGUUCACGCCUGUUCUGUCGCGAUCUUCCGACACACACACACGCUGCUGUGUAGUUUAACGCUGCUGCCGAGCUUGUACACGAGUUAACGGCUACGGACUGUCCCGAUGGCGGUGGCUGUGAGGAGUGUGAGCAACAUGUAUGGAGUGUGCUUCAACGCUGGCCGUCAGGCGACAGGACUGACGGCGUCUCGGUUGCUUCAACACAGAGCCUUCAGAGUCGGUGCCGUGCGCCGGCAGCAGCCCUUUGAUUCAACACUGGAAAAGCCCCAGUUCCCUGGAGCCUCAGCCGAGUUUGUGGAUGAGCUGAAGUUCAUCGAGCCCAACGUCAUCUCUGGGAUCCCAGUGUACCGAGUGAUGGACAGGCAGGGCAACAUCAUCAACCCUUCUCAAGACCCUCAGCUCUCCAAGGAGAUGGUUCUGAACUUCUAUCAGAAGAUGACUCUGCUUAACACAAUGGACCGCAUUCUUUACGAGUCACAGAGACAGGGUCGGAUCUCCUUCUACAUGACCAACUACGGCGAGGAGGGCACACACAUUGGCAGCGCUGCUGCUCUCGAGCCCAGCGACAUCGUCUUCGGUCAAUACAGAGAAGCUGGAGUGCUGAUGUACCGCGGCUUCCCUCUGGACAUGUUCAUGGCUCAGUGCUACGCCAACGCCGAUGACCUCGGCAAGGGCCGGCAGAUGCCCGUGCACUAUGGCUCCAAAGAUCUGAACUUCGUCACCAUCUCCUCUCCUCUGGCCACUCAGAUCCCUCAGGCGGCCGGAGCUGCAUACGCCGUCAAGAGAGAGAACAUGAACCGCGCCGUGAUCUGUUACUUUGGCGAGGGGGCGGCCAGCGAAGGGGACGCACACGCCGGCUUCAACUUCUCCGCCACCCUGGAGUGUCCCCUGAUUUUCUUCUGCCGUAACAACGGCUACGCCAUCUCCACCCCCACCAACGAGCAGUACAGGGGCGAUGGCAUCGCCGCUCGUGGCCCGGGGUAUGGCAUGUUGUCCAUCCGCGUCGAUGGCAACGACGUGUUUGCUGUGUAUAACGCUACGAAGGAGGCGCGCCGCAGAGCCGUGGCCGAGAACCAGCCCUUCCUCAUUGAAGCGAUGACCUACAGAAUUGGCCACCACAGCACCAGUGAUGACAGCUCGGCCUAUCGCUCGGUGGACGAGGUGAACUACUGGGACAAGCAGGACCACCCCAUCUCCCGCCUGAGACAUUACAUGACGACCCGAGACUGGUGGAGCGAGGACGACGAGAGGAGCUGGCGGAAGCAGUCUCGCAAGACGGUAAUGGAGGCGUUCGAGAAGGCCGAGAAACGCCUCAAGCCCAGCCCCGAGCUGAUGUUUACAGACGUGUACCAGGAGAUGACGCCCAAUCUGGAAAAGCAGAGAAAGUCCAUGUGGAGGCAUGUGCAGCAGUACAAGGAGCACUACCCACUUGACCAGUUUGAGAAAUAACCGCAAUCACAGGACGGGAACAGUUUGUAAUGAGUGACUAAAUGUUGGAGUGGUUGUUGGAUUAACUGUGGCACACUUUUAUUGUAUUCAUUAAAGUAUAGAUUUGAUAGAACGUGUCAUCUGAGAAAAAGAAAAAAAAGAUUGUGCUAAUAAAAACUAUUGUACUUCAUGCCUCUGGGUUUGGUGCCUUAAGUUAACAGAUUUACUGGAAGGAGUCAAGCUCCUCUAUAAAUGCUAAAUCACAUUACAAAAGGUCACCAUUGUUUGUUUCUUUUUUAAAGUGGCGCAAAACCAGCUGGUCCAGUUUGAAUACAAAAGAGAUUCAAAUCUAGCAAUAGAAAGUGGAAGUUGUACAUGUUCCCUCUUUCUGUAUCAAUCCUCUCGUGAUUAUGGUAUUUAACAGGUUUCUUUGUGUAUCACUUUGCUAUUUAAAUGGUUUUAGUAUACAUGCCCAAGUUUUAGAUGGGCCUGUACACUCUUCUUACAUCUUUGGUGUUUUCUGGGAAAUAAACAUUUGGAACUUUCAAACGUC